GCCGACCUCCACCCACCUCCCUCCCUCCUCCAUGUCUCCACGUAUAUAGGAGGAGCUCUCCUCCAAUGCGCCUCCCCCCUUCUCCUUCUCUUCCCUCCCAUCCCCGGCAGCCAGGUCUCACAAUCACGGCAGCUGGGCAGCCACUGUCGGUCAUCGAGAUCUACUCAGGUGACCCGAGGUAGAAGAAGAAGGGUUAACCACCUGUCCACCCAGCCGGCGAGCGAGCCCCACAGGCCACCACGGCGUCAGCCGCCUGAGUCCCGUCAGCCCUCGAGGAAUCCUAAACUUAACCGCGCUAUUAUUAAUCAGCGGACGCUUAACCGCGCCCAGGUGCUCGUGCGCACGGGAGAAGGCGAGGAGGAGGCCACGUCUCGGAGGCGGGCGCGGCCAGGGGGUGGGCCAAGGCCAUGGACGCGCUGAGGUUCCUGAGCGGCGCCGCGGCGCCGCCGCCGCAGCCUCCGGUGGCGCCGGCCUCGGUGCCGCCGCCGACGAUGACGGCGCAGCAGCGGCGGCAGCAGCACCACCCGCCGCGCGCCGCGCUGCACGCGCCGCUGCUGCGCCUGUGGCCGCGCGGCGGGGGCGGGGGCGGGGGAGAGAAACCGGCCGCGGCGGGCGGCGCCGUCCGCGGCGCGGAGGCGAGGAUUCCUCCGCCCGAGGAGGAGAGGGAGGCGGAGGCGGGCGGGCGCGGGCAGGGGAAUUCGAACUGGGUGCUGCAGAUGCUGCGGGUGCAGCCGCGGUGGGCGGACGCGGCGGACGCGGAGGCCACCGGCGGCGGAGACCGAGAACCGGAGGAGGAGGAGGAGGCCGCCGGCGGUGGCGUCGAGGACUGCGCUUCCUGCAGCGCCGGGGGCGGGGACGAAGGCUGCGCCGUGGGGUACGACGAGGGCGAGGUGUUCGACCGCGCCUCCUUCUCGCGGCUCCUGCGGAAGACGUCGCUCGGCGAGGCCAAGGAGUACUCCAUGAUGUCCUACCUCUGCAACAUCGCCUACAUGAUCCCCAGGAUUCAGCCAAAAUGUCUCCGGAGGUACAAUUUGCGGUUUGUGACUUCGUCAGUGCAAGACAAGGCCAGAACUAGCCCUGAUCAGAAGCAGGAGCAUAGCAAUGCGAAGGAUGAAUCUCAAGAUGAAGUAUCUGAAGCUGUCGGCAAUGCUGCGUCAGCAAGCAAGGAGGAACACAGUGGCCUGGGGAUAAACCCCUUUGGUGCAUACCAUGUUGUGUCAUCCGCUGCAUCUUAUUUGCAUUCCCGGGCCAUGGGCAUUAUGCCAUUUGGUUCUAGGAAUGAUGUCAAGGAAGAUCCGACGGCCAUCAUGGCAUUCGUGAACGGCGAGAAUGGUGAAGGGUUAAGUAUGGACGAAGCCUCAUUCGUUGCCACAACGAAUUCGGUAACUUCCAUGGUUGCAGCAAAGGAAGAGACAAGGCAAGCUGUCGCAGAUGAUCUGAAUUCUUCGAGAUCUUGCCCCUGCGAGUGGUUCAUUUGUGAUGAUGAUCAAAACACCACAAGAUACUUUGUGGUUCAGGGCUCAGAAUCAAUUGCUUCUUGGCAGGCCAACCUUUUAUUUGAGCCUGUCAAAUUUGAGGAACUCGAUGUGCUGGUUCACCGUGGCAUAUACGAGGCUGCAAAGGGGAUAUAUCACCAGAUGCUACCAUACGUGAAAUCCCACCUGAAAGCCUGCGGUAAAUCUGCCAGGCUGCGGUUCACCGGCCACUCCCUCGGCGGGAGCCUGGCCCUGCUCGUGAACCUGAUGCUGCUGAUGCGGGGCGAGGCCCCCGCUUCGGCGCUGCUGCCGGUGAUCACGUUCGGCGCGCCGUGCAUCAUGUGCGGUGGCGACCUCCUCCUCCGCCGGCUCGGGCUUCCGCGGAGCCACGUGCAGUCCAUCACCAUGCACCGGGACAUCGUGCCCCGGGUGUUCUCCUGCCACUACCCGGACCACGUCGCCAACAUCCUCAAGCUCGCCAACGGCAACUUCCGCAGCCACCCGUGCCUCACAAACCAGAAACUUCUGUACGCGCCAAUGGGUGAGGUGCUGAUCCUGCAGCCGGACGAGCGGCUGUCCCCGCACCACCACCUGCUCCCGCCGGACAGCGGCAUCUACCGCCUGGGCGGCGGCGGGGGCAAGUCGUCCUCCUCGUCGGGCGCCGACGAUGCCUCCCUGCUGGAGCUCCGUUCCGCGCUGUCGGCCUUCUUCAACUCCCCGCACCCGCUCGAGAUCCUCAAGGACAAAGCCGCGUACGGGCCCCGGGGCUCCGUGUACCGCGACCACGACGUGAACUCGUACCUCCGGUCCGUGCGCGGCGUGGUGCGCAAGGAGGCCCGGCGCGCGCGGGAGGCCGAGCGCGAGCGCUGGCGCCUCCUCCUCUGGUGGCCCUUCGGCGUGCACGGCGCGCUGUCGUGGGGCUCCGGCUCCGGCGCGGGCCGCGGCGGGUUCGUGGACGCCGUGGCCGAGGCGGCGCGGCGCGCGCACCUGCUGGCGGUGGUGCUGCUCCCCGCGGAGCUGCUCGCCCUCGGCGCGCUCCAGGUCGUCGCUAGGCUCAGGUGAUAGGGGUUCGAUCCGUCCGUCCGUUGGUUGGCGAUGGUUGGUCCACCGCCGAUAGAUUCAUGCACACGAUUCUUUUGUAACAGAAGCGCGUCCCCAGGACGCAUGUGAAAUGGAAAUAGAAACUUUCUUUCAUUAUUUCA